GGUCACACUCAUCUGAAUUUCAUCCAUGAUCGUAACACUCUAAUCUAAUCUCACUCGAUUGAUUCACUCACUGCAAAACCAUGGCCAUAGGAGGAGAACAAAUCAUAGAAAUCCAAAUUCCACAGCAGAAAAUUUUCACCGGAGCUCCAUUCCCCGCCGCAGUAUCACCUUCUCCGGCCACCGCAACUGCGGUUCCUCUCUCCGCAACACAGUCAAUCAAAACCCACAAACCCUACCUCGAAUCACUCCUCCACCAAUCCGGCGCCGUCCUUCUCAGAAACUUCCCACUCCACACGGCCUCCCACUUCAACGACCUCGUCGAGGCCUUCGGGUAUGAAGAGCUUCCCUACGUCGGCGGCGCCGCCCCGCGCACCAACGUCGUCGGCCGCGUCUUCACCGCCAACGAAUCCCCACCCGACCAGAAAAUCCCCUUCCACCAUGAGAUGGCUCAGGUCCCUGAAUUCCCUUCGAAAUUGUUCUUCUUCUGUGAGGUGGAGCCGCGUGUCGGCGGUGAAACUCCGAUUGUGCUCAGCCAUGUUGUCUAUGAGAGGAUGAAUGAGAAGUAUCCUGAAUUUGUAGAGAGAUUGGAGAAGCAUGGUUUGCUGUAUGUUAGGGUUUUGGGUGAAGGUGAUGACCCUUCUUCUCCCAUUGGUAGAGGCUGGAAAUCAACGUUCUUGACUGAUGACAAGGCCGUCGCUGAAGAAAGGGCUGCUAAACUGGGCAUGAAGCUGGAGUGGUUGGAAGAUGGGGUGAAAUCAAUUAUGGGUCCAAUCCCAGCUGUGAAGUAUGAUGAGAUGAGAAAACGCAAGAUAUGGUUUAACAGCAUGGUGGCUGCUUACACGGGCUGGGAGGAUGAAAGAAAUGAUCCUGUUAAGGCUGUUACCUUUGGGGAUGGUGAGCCAUUACCAGCUGAGAUAAUCUAUGACUGUCUCAACAUACUGGAGGAGGAAUCUGUUGCCAUUCCUUGGCGAAAAGGGGACGUUUUGUUGCUUGAUAAUUGGGCCGUCCUUCAUUCUCGAAGACCCUUUGAUCCACCUCGCAGGGUGCUCGCUUCUCUUGUCAAGUAAUAGCGUGUUCGAUUCUGGCCACACAAUCACUUAUGGAGAGAAGCUACAAAAUGUAACUUCAGAUAUGAACAUGUCUUGGAUUGUGUACUCACUCCCCAUCCAAACUAGGCAUAGUAGAUUCCCAGCUUCUCGGUAAGAUAAGGGAAGGGUUACUUGUACUACAUUUCAGGCAGCUAGAAUGCUUCACAGGUUUCUAUACUGCCUAUGAUUCUAAGUUGUAUUUGUAAUGUCACAUUAAUUUGAAGAUGUAUAUACAGAUACUAAGUUAAUGGAAACAAUAACUGCUUUCUUUAGCAGGAAUAGCUGAACCAUGAAAUAAUAUGUAAGCAUUUAGAAAGAA